AUAAAGUCGAGACAACAGACUGAAUUAAUGUCAAGACGGCUAGAGACCUCCAUGGAUAUUUCAACACUGAACACGGCAACACAAUCAGAGUCAUAUCUGAACAAGUCAACGCUUGAAAUGGAGACUACAACAUCCAAACUUUCAUCAUCAUCAUCAUCAUUUAUCAGUAAUAUUACUACAGUUCGGGAUCACGGACGUUUACCUCAAUCAAAAUCAUCAACCAGUAUACUGGAAUAUGCUUCAUCGGAGAGGCCUAAGGAAAUAACAGAAUUUCCUACAACUGUAAAACCCUCAACAUCAUCAUCAACAUCACCAUCAUCAGAUAAAACAGAACAGAACAAUCACUGGAUGUUGAUUGCCUUAAUUUUGAUUGCUUUGAUAGCAGCAGCAUUUGUUGGUGGAGUUUUUAAUGCACUCAAACCUAAAUGUAGAAUGCCUGUUGUUUGUAAUGCAAGAAGUUCUAGUCAAGAUCACACAAAUGUCAACGAUCAAAAGAUGAACAAAAAUAUUCAACAAAGAGAUACACCAAGGACUUAUGAUGAAGAGACCCAAGACUAUGAUGAAAUUCAGAAAUCCCAACUAAAUCAGCAAUUGAAUCCCGUUCAGUGUACCUCUAUCGAGUUCAGAAGAGAGAAUGCUGAAUCCGAACUUAGAUCUAGUAACUCACAGAAACAAAGCAUGUACAAAAGGAUCUCGUUCAAUUGUGACUACAACAUCUUAUUGUUGAAACAAAGACAGAGUGCUGCUAUCUAUGAUCAUGACUGGCGUAGCAAUGGGGCUAUUCUUGGUACUGAUGAAGAGUUUGUUACACUUCCAGGAGGCGAAAGUUUGAAUCUACCCGGUACAGCUGAAGAUAAUAUUUUCCAAACGUUGACUCGUAACUUUGAUUUUAGCCGAAUCAAAGGAGAAGAAAGGCUUGAUUGUUCACUUGGAUUGAUCCGAUCUACUUCUGAAUCUCAACUCUCUGAAUUUAAAUUUGCUCCCAAUUUAAGAGAAUAUGGCUUUGACAAUUUAUCGAAUGAAGAAGGGCUUUAUUGUGAAAAAGAAUAUAUCGAAGUAGCAAAGAGAAUAUAUACAACCUCAGUUCAAAUAAGUGAAAUAGAAGAAUUUAAACCAGAGAUGGAGAUUACACGGUUUUAGUUGUGUAGGACGAUUAGUAGAUUUUUUAAAUUAUGAAUGUCUCAAUAUUUUCAAAGUCAACCAGGAAAUGUUUAAGAAUAAAAUUUGUUAAUCGCUGGAAUCGAAUCUUUGAACUCGUUUUCCCUUAACAGAAAGUAAACAAAACGAAAAAGGAAAAAAAUAAUUUACAAUCUAAUUUUCAGGGGAAGGGGUACUUCCCUCUUAACCAUACCCUUUAAAAAUCAUAAAACGUUGGAUAUUCUUCGUAUUAACUUUUGAAAAUUAAAUGAUAUGCACUUAAAGUCAAAUAAAUCAUUGAAAAUUAAUGUAAUUCUUAAAACAUUAAUUUUGAUGGAGAGCAUGCUCUUGCGUAUCGAAUUGAACGGAAGUCAGACUUGGAACAUGCAGAUUAAAUCAUUACUCGAAAUAGUACAAGGAACACUCGAUAUUUGUUGUAUUUGAACUUUGUUUCACAUUGGAGAGGGCUUCAACGAUUUUAUUGUAAAACGUUUUAACAAUAACCUGUUUGACAAUAUAUAGACAAAAUAUGAAAAAGGGGAUUUUUUGCAUAAGUAAUACAUUGAAGAUUAACUGAAGCCUGAUU